GGGCUGCACGCCGGGAAAGGGCUCAGAGUGUGCAGCAGGCUCCAGGCAGCAGCGGCGGGCCCGCUCCGGCAGCAGCUCCCGAGAGGCGGGCAAGGCACAGAGAGCGGCCAGGCGUCUCGCAUUGCUGCAGCGACCAGGCCAGCUCGGACCCCGGCGGAGACCCGGGCACUUCUCCGCACCCGGGAGCCCAGACGGCGCCUGCCGCGGACAGAGAGCGGAGGGGAAAGUACUUGGGACAACUUCUGCGCCGCGGCGUCCGGCGCUGCCAGCCGGAGGAGGAGGCGGCGGGGAAGCGCUCAGACAAGUGGCCGGGCGCUGCAGCGCGCUCCCCAGAUAGCCCCGCAGCAGGAGACGGGGACAGAAAAGUGACCGGAUUUCUGACCCUCCCAGCGAGCGAGAAGGAGGCGAAGCUGCCCAUCGGACACUUACUCCGGAGUGAACCUGUAAAGCAAGAGACUGGAUUUCUCCUCCGUUCCCGAGUCUCAGGCGGGAGCGAGAUCCCAGAACCCGACCCCAGGACUUCUGCGACCCAAUUCUCAGACUGACUCUUUUUGUGGUUUGAAAAAGUUCAGCCCUGAUGCGCUGAAGAAACGGGGGAAAGACACUCAAGCCACUUGUACGGUGGCCAAAAAAAAAAGUAAGACUUUAGUUCAUCCUUACUGAUUGUUUUAAAGGGCUUUUUCAUUGUUGAAAGAGUUACCCUGGUAGUAGUUUAAAGUGAAGGUGAACUUUCUUUGAACGGGACUUAAAAAACAAACGCGUUGGGCGCUGCUUAAUUGUUAUUGCUUUAAAGCCAGUUUUGUGGACUGUGUUCUAUGACUGCAAAGAUGGAACCUACAUUCUAUGAUGAUGCCCUAAAUGCUACCUUUGUACAGCCAGAAAGUGGUGGUUAUGGAUAUAAUAAUCCUAAAGUCCUGAAGCAGAAUAUGACUCUAAAUCUGGCUGAUCCUUCAAGCAACCUCAAGCCCCACCUGAGGAACAAGAAUGCUGAUAUUCUUACCUCCCCAGAUGUUGGUCUCCUCAAGCUGGCAUCUCCUGAACUGGAAAGGCUCAUCAUCCAGUCCAGCAAUGGCUUGAUCACCACCACUCCCACCCCAACACAGUUCCUCUGUCCCAAAAAUGUUACUGAUGAGCAAGAAGGGUUUGCUGAAGGCUUUGUGAGGGCACUGGCAGAGCUACACAACCAGAAUACGAUGCCCAGUGUUACAUCUGCUGCCCAGCCCGUUAACAGUGGUAUGACACCUGUUUCUUCUAUGGCUGGCAACAAUGGUUUCAACACCACUUUGCACAGCGAGCCUCCAGUGUAUGCCAAUCUCAGCAACUUUAACCCAAGUGCACUCAGCACAGCACCUAACUACAAUGCAAACAACAUGGGCUAUCCACCUCAGCAUCAUAUUAAUCCUCCGAUGCCAGUGCAGCAUCCCAGGCUGCAAGCUUUGAAAGAGGAGCCCCAGACUGUACCUGAAAUGCCAGGGGAGACUCCUCCACUGUCCCCCAUUGAUAUGGAGUCACAGGAGAGGAUCAAGGCUGAGAGGAAGCGCAUGAGAAACAGAAUUGCAGCCUCCAAAUGCCGGAAAAGGAAGUUGGAAAGGAUUGCCAGGUUGGAAGAAAAAGUGAAAACUUUAAAAGCCCAGAACUCAGAACUGGCAUCCACUGCCAACAUGCUCAGAGAACAGGUUGCACAGCUUAAGCAGAAGGUCAUGAACCAUGUCAACAGUGGAUGCCAGCUAAUGCUAACACAACAGUUGCAAACAUUUUGAAGAGACUGACUUGGAAAAAAAGAACUAUGAUGUUGCGGUAGAGCAACAGAAAAAACAAACCCAUAACAAGUGGCAGAUACAUAAAGCUAAUGGUAAAGGCUGAGAGGCAUUGAGUCCUGCUUGCACCCCACAAAGCACAUGUGUGGAAAGACUGGCGAGCAUUCAAUUGAGCUAUUGGCAAAGCAGCACCACUCUGAGAAGUGCUGUUCCUGCUCAGAUGAUACAUCAGAUCUUUGUUUAAUAUUGACCAAGACCUGCAUGGACCUAACAUUCGAUGAUCAUUCAGUAUUAAAGGUUAAACUGCAAUAGAGACUGUAGGUUGCUUUCUGUAAUACUCUUAAAGAAAACACAACUGGGAGGGAGGUUUGUGGGAGGCUGAUAAAAACUGAACUAUACUGCCUGCCUUCAAGUAAAUUGUGUAUGUACUUUUUUUUAUUUUAUGAAAGCUGAUUAAUGUCAAUAAACUACUUCAUGACUUUGUAAAUUAUUUUUAUGUUUGUGUUCUGUCCAGUAAUGUUUGUAAAUGAGGGUUUUUUGAGCACUCUGAAUUUACCAUUUGUAAUAAAGUAUAUAAUUUUUUUAUGUUUGUUUUUGAAAAAAGUCCAGAAAGCUUCUAUUAUAUAUAAAAGUAUUAAAAAUGCAUUUCCUCCCCCACUUUCGCCAGGAUCUAAUCAGGACUCUAUCACAUACACUGAACUUUAAAUGGUAGAGAGUGUUAAACUGACACUGUACCAAAAAGAUGUCCUGGAGAAUGUGUCAGAAGUGGAAAGAUAAAACCACACCCUGUAACAUAAACAGAAGUAGUUUAUGCAUUUUAAGUGUUAUGGAUUUAAUUUGGAUUGGAUUGCCUACCAUAAUCCAAUAGCGCAAUGUAGACAAUAACUUUUAAAAAUUAAGCAGUUUGGAGGAGUUUGCCAUUGUAUCAAAUUCCCCUGUGCUAGAAUAGUUUGAACUGUAACUGUCUAUUUAAUAUUAAAUACUUAUUAAAAUAAUAUCCCCAACAAUAUCUUUAAGGUAGGCGACUUCUCAAAAAAUGUAUCCUUCAUAUGGGUGCCUUCAUUACUGUCUAAUUAUUCCUAGAUAAGAGGUGGUCUUUGUUCGUUAAUAUUUAUGUUGUCACAAUAAAAUCAUUCUAUAACCUUU